UUUUCGUUUCUUUCAGGCACCUGUCGCCAGCUACAGUUCUACCACACUGUUGAUGGAAAGCGCCUCAAAAAUCACGUGAUUCGUACUGUUGACGUCACUGGUGAAAGAUCCUGCCGGACUUUGUGCUACAUGGAACCAAACUGCGUCAGUUACAACUUUAACAGAGCCACAAGGAAAUGUGAGCUGAAUAACUCCACCUCAAGAGAAGGAGAGGGAAAUAUGGAGUCAAAUCCUGAUUAUAUAUACUAUGGAGCUAAGGUACAAAUUAUCAGUUUACUUGAAGGAAAUAAGCUUACAUUCAGGUUACCAUUAAGGAAGUAUUGCUGGAUGUAUGUUUUCUUUUCGUGUCCCAGAACGGAUGUGCGAAUAAACCUUGCAAGAACAAAGCAACCUGUCAAACCGGUUUUACCGGUAAAGGCUACCGCUGUUUGUGUCCUGUUGGAUUUGACGGGGAGCAUUGCGAGAACGGUACGUAAGUUAUAGCAAACAAUGGACAAUUUCGUUUUACCAGAAUUUUUCCACGCUUCUUGCAAGAACGAUCAUGGAAUUUCGCACAAAAUAAUCUUCGAUAUUUAAGACUGAAAGGCAUAACUUUCUUACGCCGUUUUGAAGCGAUUUUUCACAAAUAUACCGACGAUUUCAAGUUUUAAUUAGUUCAAUUUCAACUCAGUUUAAGUUAAGAAUAUAUUUUUUAUAGUUUUCAUGUAUGUAUUAGUAUGGUGUCCCUUUGAAUGCCUCAUGAAAUAAAAAUAAAUAGAUAAAACAAAUGAAUGUUUCGAACUUUCUUUGUAUCCACAAAGUGGCUCUUUAUUUACUAUCGGCUACGACAUUUCGGAUCGAAUUAGAAUUGAGCCGGAAAUGCUGGUAUGUGGCAAUUUUUAACCUGAGUCCUCUGCUUUUUAAAUAUUUCCUAGAAUAGGUACUUAAAGUUUGUCUCAUAUCAAAAGGUUUCUGCCAACAAUGCUUUUUGCGAGUAUUUCUUCUGACUGGCCAUGGGUUGAUCAUAAACUGUGUUUUCACGAGUUUCUUAUGAUUAAUAUAACCAUCAGGUGGACUGAUUAUAAUCUGUUUUUAUAGACAUAGACGAAUGCGCAAGAAAUACUCACAACUGCGGUGCCAAUGCUUACUGUAAUAAUACCAAGGGAGGAUACAACUGCACUUGUCAUCGGGGAUAUUACGGAGAUGGAAAGAACUGUGAACCAGGUGAGUUAGCAGACUUUAUAUCGACUAAGAAGAUGCUUGAUAAAUUACGUUAUCAUACAUUACACUCACUUACUAUCUGUCUUCUCAUUGACUGGAAGCCUACAGCUAAUUUUGGAUAUCAACGCAACCUUCAGAUUAUCUGUAGCAGAUAACUAACAAAUCAGUCAAAUUAGUAGUUUGCGCACGCAAAUCAUGAUUUCCAACCAACAAGCAACCUGUAUUCAUUUUGUAAAAUAGUAGUCUGUGUUUGGUGCGACGGUGUGCUAUAAUUUCCUUUAAAAAAGUGAAUAUGAAUAAUGAAAUAACUAUUAGAUUCGGUAUCUGUGAUAUCCGGAGUAAUCAAUGUGACCAACUGGAUAUACGAUGACUCGCACGUUGAAGCAUCCCAGAAUAUCUAUUGAUUAACUUUCUUCUUUUAUUUUGUAACAGUUUCAUCGUGUAAAGAUCUUUUUGACAAGAAAAUGUGAGUUGAUUAUAAAACACCAAUUUUAUUUUCUUUUUUAGGAUUUAACGUAAAAUGAAGAAAUGUGUCGACAUGUUAUGGCCCUGAAAGGUCGGAUGCCCACAGAAGGCACCGACCAGGUCCGAAAAUCUUGUAACCUGUCAAUUUUGUUACUUGAUUUACACCAUACCAAAAUAGGUUAAUUGACAGCUGUCAAAAUGCAAAACUUCAGAUACAUUUACAGUACGUACAGACAUCAGCAGAGAGACAUCUUCGUAGUUGGCGUAUCAACCGAUUUGCCUUACUGGCGAUUGAACUGUAGAUUAUAGUCGAUCCUCGGGUCUCCUUUAUAUUAAGGUAUUUUGUUCCUUCAUUUUGCAGAUCAAACGAGAGCAAAGCCUAUCCACUGAUUUUAGGAGAUGCUGUUUUUGACAUCUAUUGCAACAUGACCGUGGUCCCUACUGAAAAUGACACAUGCGGAGUUGGUGGAUGGACGCUGGUUAUGAAGAUUGAUGGAAAAAAAGUACACGUACUUCUUUAUGCACAUAUGAUUAUUUUUAUAGAAUAUGCGCAAUAUGAAUAAUAAAUUUAUGUUAUUCACCGGCUGAGAGGUCCGUAUUGGGAGAAACUGUGCCCGAGGUCUUGAUUACCAGUUCUCAGACCGAGGGCACAGUUUCUCCCAAUACUGACCGACCUAGGCUGGUGAAUAACAUUUUUAUUUUUUCCCGACUGAGAUUUAAAAGUUUCAGGAAAAUUUUCCUCCACUCUCCAACCUAUGUGUGUUGAAGUAGGACGCGUUCGUGUUGAUGAAAUGUACCGAGGGGGCGGGCGUCGUGGAGCGCUCGAUCUCGACGAUCUUAUGGCAAAAUAGACGACUGUGAACAGUCUAACCGACCGGUCACACUUUUGAGGGCCAGUGCACAGCUAGAUUGAUGAGUUUAGCCAGCAAUAGGAGGUUCAUCAAAGGAUGUAUUAUACUUUACAUUGAGAGUAUAUUCAGCUCUUCAGAGUUAGUGGAACCCCAUAUCAUUCCUCUCAAAGUUAGCUCAGCUGUAGCGUUAAAAGAGGAAACUAAAUAACAUGUAUAUUUGUGAGAGACUGUGAGCAUUGAAUCUUAUUGCUUUACCGCAUUUUAAUACUGCAUUGGGCAUACUCCUGUAAUUCUGUAAUUAAAUCCCGAAAACCAAUAAAGGUUUCGUUAUAAUUAUUUUUUGGGGGCAACUGCCCCAGGGGAGAUUUUAGGGUAGGCACUGGUUUAACCUUUGCCCGUGGGUCACUGGUGGGUGUUGGGUGUAAAUUAGUACAGUUUGUGGUGUACUGUGUGUUGUUUGUCACAAUGUCAACUAACAUUGAAAAAAAGUCAGUUGUUUCAGAGGAGAGACAUGUCUUGACAGCUUAAUGGUUUUUUUCUGGUCGUAAGCUUGGCCAGUAUGCAGAUCAAGAGCUUUAAUACUUAUUGAUCCAAGUGCAUGACCAGCAGGGUCAGCAGUAAGAAUAAAGAAAAAAAGGCCAAAAGGAAAAACGGUGUCAAAAAAAGAGAGACCAAACAGACCAAAAAAAAAAAAACGGUACAGAGAAACAGAAAACAGCGUCGCCGGGAGUCGAAUCCGGUUUAUCUGCACGUUCAAGCAACUACUUGACCACUGCACCAGAGUGACACACAUGAUUGGAUAAAUUAAUUUUGUCAUAUCAAAACAAUUUUUCUCUGCCAUAGACGCUGUUUGAAACGGGUGGAGCUGUAUUUAUCAUGAAUUCAAAUAUACAUUUAAGGAAGAUUGGCAGCUUAAGCGCGUAUUUCAAAGCUAUUUCGCAUUAUUUCGGAUUCAACGGGCCGACUCGAUGUAGAUAAUCGAUCGAACUAGCUUUACUGGAUUUGGUGGAGAAUUAGGAGAUCAACGGAGGCCCACACUCGAAAGGAAUGAUAUGAAGUUAGGCCCGUUUAAUUAACAAAAGAAUAAAUGAAAUAUAAAGAUGUGUGAUCUGUGAAGAGAACCUCCUAUUCUAGAGACUAGACCUUGCUUAUUUAAGAGAAAAAAAAAAGAUUUAAGUUUUGAUGACCUUGCCGGUCCCGUGAAAUAGAUGGCGAUCCCGCAACACGACCGGCAAAACAAAUUAACAAAAUUAUACAAUCACGGAUGCAAAAUGUCAAAACGGUUUACAUAAGCAGAUUAUAGCAACACCAAAGCUCACACACAUUCGAUCAAAUAAGCGAUAUAUAGCCAUAUUUGCUAGCUUCUUAGCCUUUCCUCGGCAUCGCUCGCCAAAAUAACUGUCGUAUCCCUUGCUAAUUUGCACAAGCGACCCGAGGCUCUUGCCCGUUACUAUGUGACGUCAUACUGGCAGGCGGAGUGGGUCAAGAAACUUAGGUGGAGGCAAUAGAGUCCCCUUCCCCCCUGGUCAAUACAUAUAAUGACUGUCGCUUAAAAGCUAGCCAAGCGUGCGUUUUUAUUUCAUCAAAAUUUUAGUCUCAACAAAUAAAUAAAUGAAAUUUAUCAAUACGAACAAUCGGGGUGGAGUUUGUCUGAGCUUAUUUUAAUUGAAGAACUCCCGCUGAAGUUUUUUGAGCUUAAACGGUCCUAAGCAUUGCUUUGUGGCAGGUUUGUACAAUUUGAAGAGCAAUAUAUUUAAAUGGAUUUAAAGGUUGAAUCCAAAACGAUCAUGCGAUGCAUAACUAAACAUGAUUAGGAAAUUUCCUUCCAAAUAGUUUUAUAGGGCGCUUAAGCACCGAUUGACUAUACGGUAAAGGAUUAAAUAAAAAGCUGAGAAGGAGAAAAUUACGAAAAGGAGUUUCAUAUAAGAUCAAUUUAUCAAGCCCUCUUUGCACUAGCGGAUACAUAUGGAUUAAAGAUAAUUACAUAUUACAUUAUAACUGAGUGAAAUGAUUUUUCUUGUUAAUUUUUAUUAAGCCUGCUGUGGCUUAUGACAUUUAAUGCUGAAAAAACGAAACAACAAACAACAACAACAACAACAAAACCGGAGGUUGCCUUUCCUUGCAUGGAAGUUUCUUUUUUUCUCCUCCGACAGGAUACGUGCCAUUUUCACUUUUAUCAAAAAAAGGCAAAAGUGAAUAAUUUGUUUCUAAUUACAUUUUUUCUAUUUCUCCUUCUUUUUUAUCACAGCAAACGUUUCACUACGAUAACGCCUCUUGGAGUAACAACAAAACCUUUAACCUUGACGGAGGGAAGACUGGGUUUGACAACCAUGAAACGAAGCUUCCCACCUACUGGAACACAUCCUUCUCCAAGAUCUGCCUCGGUAUGAAGAUCAAAGACAGCCAGUCCAAGUUUAUUGUUAUCAACCAGCAGGCGAACUCCUUGUACUCUCUGAUCGCUGAUGGGCAAUACCGCAACACCUCACUGGGUCGUGACACGUGGAAGUCGCUGAUUGGUUCUGAGGCUUCCUUGCAGUACAACUGUAACAAGGAAGGGUUCAAUGCUUAUGGUAAGGACUUGGACCACUCCAAAGUAAGAAUCGGUAUACUUGGUAACAAUGAAAACGACUGCGAUCUUUGUGACUCCAGAAUUGGGUUUGGUACUGGAGGAAAAUAUGAUAACAACAACGCGUGUGGAAACGAAGCUACGUACGAGGGUGAUAAUAACGACCAGCACAUCAAGGCCAUGGGAUACAUCUUGGUGCAGUGACAAGAAACCACCACGGAAGAAAAUUUGUUGAAGUUUUUCUUGUAUCACGACCACAUUCUAUUUCUCCUUCUUUUUUAUCACAACAUGCGUUUCACUACGAUAACGCCUUUUGGAGUAACAACAAAACCUUUAACCUUGACGGAGGGAAGACUGUGCUUGAAUCACAGGAAAACUAAACUUCCUUCCUACUGGAACACAUCCUUCUCCAAAAUCUGCCUCGGUAUGAAGAUCGGUCAGCAGAUCAAGUUUAUUGUCAUCAACCAGCAGGCGAACUCCUUGUACUCUUUG